UAAUCCUCUUAUGACCAUUCAGAAAACGACUAUAGGUUCAGUGAACGCCUCUGCUUAUUAGUAAUCCCACAAGCGGGUCCGGCAUAAGUCACGCCUCCUCCAAUUUAGUCAAUGCCUCUGCUCGUUAAAACCCUCCUCCCGCCUUAAAAUCACCGCAGCCACCACCACCGGUAUUAAAACCCUCCUCCCGCCUUAAAAUCACCGCAGCCACCACCACCGGUAGUUAUGGCGUUUUCGGAGUUUAGGCCACUUGAUGAGAAAUCUUUGAUCGAGUACAUCAAGGCCACACAUGUAUUAUUCAACAAGGUUGGCAACAAUUACGAUAAGUUGAAAAUCAAAGAAGUUGGAGAUGGGAAUCUCAAUUUUGUUUACAUUGUUGUCGGCUCCGCUGGCUCUUUUGUCAUCAAGCAGGCGCUUCCUUACAUACGUUGUAUUGGAGAAUCGUGGCCCAUGACUAAGGAAAGAGCCUAUUUUGAGGCUUUGGCACUUAAAGUGCAUGGUCAGUUGUGCCCUGAACAUGUUCCUGAAGUUUAUCAUUUUGACCGUGCCAUGUCUUUGAUUGGUAUGCGAUACUUGGAGCCUCCACAUAUUAUUCUAAGAAAAGGAUUAAUUGCUGGAAUCAAGUAUCCUUAUCUAGCAGAACAUAUCUCAACUUACAUGUCAAAGACUCUUUUUCACACAUCCCUUUUGUAUCGUACCACAACUGAGCAUAAACGUGAUGUUGCUGAGUUUUGUGGGAAUGUGGAGUUAUGCAGGCUUACGGAGCAAGUUAUUUUUUCUGAUCCAUAUAAAGUAUCUCAAUACAACCAUUGGACUUCCCCUUACCUUGAUCGUGAUGCUGAGGCUGUACGUGAGGAUAAUGUCUUAAAGCUUGAAAUUGCUGAAUUGAAAUCCAAGUUCUGUGAAAGAGCCCAAGCCUUAAUACAUGGAGAUCUUCACACUGGUUCUGUCAUGGUUACUUCUGACUCAACUCAGGUUAUAGAUCCAGAAUUUGCAUUUUAUGGACCAAUGGGUUUUGAUGUGGGUGCUUUCAUUGGAAACUUGUUUUUGGCUUACUUUGCUCAAGAUGGCCAUGCUGAUUCAUUUGAUGACCGAAAAUCAUAUAAAGAAUGGCUUUUGAGGAUGACUGAGGACACAUGGAAUCUUUUUCACAAAAAAUUCACAGCAUUUUGGGACGAGCACAAGGAUGGACCUGGUGAGGCAUAUCUUCCAGCAAUUUAUAACAACCCCGAGCUUCAGCAGCUUGUACAGAAAAAAUUCAUGAAAGAUUUGUUCCACGACACCCUUGGAUUUGGUGCAGCCAAAAUGAUACGGAGAAUUGUUGGUGUAGCCCAUGUUGAGGAUUUUGAAUCAAUUAAAGAUAAUAGCAAACGAGCUGAAUGUGAGCGCAAGGCCCUCGAUUUUGCAAAACUGCUUCUUAAGGAAAGGCGGCGAUUCCAGUCCAUCAACGAAGUGGUGUCAGCCAUUCCUGCAUAGGAUUUAUCACAAACUUAUGGUUGGAGGUCCUCAUAUGUUCUCACCAAAGCCUCCUUUCUAGCAAGGAGCAUCGACAGCUCUAGUGUUGGGCGUUUCCUUUCUCGGUUGCUGGUUGUUCUUAUUUUGAGGUCUCCGCUCUGUUCUGAGCGAUGGAAGCUGCAGUUUAUUGAAGAAGUUGUUCUUCUCUUUCGAGUAUUGUCUUUCUUUAUCCGUCUUGAAUUGGUGGUUGCAUGUGUGUUUUCCUGUUUCCACCUCAAGUUCCGAUGAUCCUGCCAGUCCUUGGUUGAUGAUUGCCUUUUUAAAUUUACCUCCUAUGUUCUUCAAUUUACUAUUAUGGCUCAGGCUAUUGUUAUGGGAGCCAUUAUUGAUCAAGUUCAGUCGACAGCCAGAACAGAUAAUUUUGGAAAAGGGAGUGGCGCGUUUUGAUUUUCAA